CUUAUGCCAUGUCCAAGGCUCAAAUGCCGGGUGUUCCUGCUGGCUCGGCUGGCGUAGAUCCCGCUUACUGGACCCACGAGCUGUCGAACGGCUCUUUGUCUCCACGGACAUUGCAGCCGUCACCAGAGAGUUACUCGUCAACGCACGGCAGCGUGUCGCAAAGUAUCACGCCUACUGCGCAGACACCACAAUCUGAUAACAGUCGAAAGAACUCAUCUGUGGAGAACGAACAGCAAAAUGUAUCGAAAAGCAAGGCUGCCGCCGACGCCAGUCAAAGAGCGUCUGUCGCCGUUGCGUGUGUACCAUGCCGUAGCCGGCAUUUGAAGUGCGAUGGUGGUGUACGCUGUUCACGGUGUCGAGCAGAUAGUGUCGAAUGUACCUACAUCAAGUCACGGCGUGGUUGGAAGGGCAAGAGGAAGAACAAGCCAGAAGAUCAACAGGUCUCGCCAGUCGCCAUUAACGGCGCGCAACAACUUCAACCCAUCAACAAUGGCCAUAUGGUCAGUCCUAGUGCUAUGGUCGCUCCCAGUGCUCAACUAUCAUCGCCUAACUCCUACUACAACGGCGAAAUAGCAAACUUGCACCAACUCAGCCCAAACAAUGGCCUCGGCGCUCAGCAAUCAAUGCCUCCACCGGCUGCUCCCCCGCAACUGAAUCUUAAUGGCACCCAAAGAUUGAACAAAUUUGGACAAAUUGGCCCCGAGAAUGCGAUACAAGCGUUCUAUCACUACUUUUACAACGCACAUCCCUUCUGCUUACCGGAACCAAGACUUAUGGAGGUUUUUCACCAAAGGAAGGCACCAUUGCUCGAGAUUGCGGUACAAUACCUUGGCUCAAGUUACCUGCCUGCGAUUCCCACAGCCAUGUACAAAGAAGCUUUGGACCGACAUAUCGACAGCGGUAGUUACGCAAGAGAUGGCUGGUCGGUGCAGGCAUUGGUGCUAUAUUCAAUUGGCCUUCACGCCAACAACGAAGUGCCACGAGCUGCUCAAAUCUUUGCCAUCGCGCAGGAUCUGACACUGGAAGUUGGGCUCAACCGCAUGGAGUACGCUCUGAUGCAUGGAGAGUCAAACCCACAACUCGAAGAGAGCUGGCGGCGAACGUGGUGGGGAAUAUACUGCGCGAACGGCAUGCUCUGUGCCGUCAACCCCGGUGUCCAAUUCAAACUCAAAGACAUCCUCACAGACGUCCCACUACCAUGUGAUAACGACCAAUACUUUUCAGGUCACAUCCCCUAUCCUGCCAGCCUCCAAGACUACGACGACUCAGCCUUUAUGCCCUCUAUCCCCGUCUACUCAUCCUACACCUACCUUAUCGACGCUAUCCGCAUCCUAGGCAAAGUCUUCGAAUGCGCCCGCCUCGACUCGGCCUUCGAAUACCACGCCGUUGACGUUGUCGAUCAGUACCUAAUAAACUGGCGUCUGCACCUCCCCGUGAAUAAACUCGACAUCAUCAACAAGGACGGGUCGGUCGACGAAGUGCUGUUCCAGGCGCACAUGGUCAACGCAGGAAGCACGAUCAUGUUGCACCGACCGCGGAGCAAUCUGGGCUUUGGCCGCGUCGAAGGGGUGAACAUAUGCGUGCAGCCGGGGCAAGUGCUGUUGCCAACGCAGACGCGGGAGAUUCACACGGCGAAGUGUCUCACCUCCGCCGAGAACAUCUCGUCGUUGAUACGCCUUCCAGGGCAACUGCUGAACCACACGCCCUUCUUCACGUGUGUCGUGGUCAUGGCCAGCGUCGUGCACCUUUCGUACUGGUCCUUCCUGGUUCCGGACGGCCAAGACGAUAUCCUCAAGCAGUCAAUUCGCCUCGAUGUUGGCACGCUGCAGCAGUACAGCAACACGUGGCCAAUUGCGAGCGUAGUGCUGAGUCAAGUGCGGGGCGUGGCGCACACGCUGUUCAACAGCAAGAAAGCGAUGAGUAUUCACUUGUGGAGCAAUAUUGCGCAGGGCGAUGUGAUCAGAGAUGUAAUUGAAGAGGGAGGUAGUGUGCCGCCGCAGCAGUAUGCGCAGUUGAUUGCUCCGAUGCUGAAGUCGUAGAGCGUCUACGAGCGCGCUGCGCAUAGAACAACGCAUAGGCAUUACAGUGCCGUUCUUCAGUUCGCUCAGCUGCAACCGCGUUACUUAGCAUGCACUAUUACAAUACCACUUGGGCGUUCCAUGUCCUUCUGGUCAGCAGGCGCAGAAAAACAGCAACGAGAAUACAAUUUACGGUGUAAACAAGUCGUAAAUGUUGUCUAAUGAGGUGCGGUCAUCGAUUGAAGCAGUUUGCGUAUCGCAGACAGAACCCAGUAUUGUAGUCCCCUGUUACCACUCAAACAUGACAUCAAAGCGUAUUUGU